CUAGGAAUGAAUGAAUGAAUAAAUGAAUGGAUGAAUAAAUAAAUAAAUGGCUAUCCCUCACUUCAGUAUUCCCUUAACAAGCAUCAUUAACAGAUUAACAGGCAAGAGACGCCUCUUAGACCUGAGUGAUUAGAUGUAGGUUGUUUGCACCACUUUAAACAGCCUCAGUCUUUGCUGAAUUACAGUCUGGACUUGAUUUAAAUGUGUUUUAUUCUAGGAUGGGACUGUAAUCAAGGUUGCAGCUUUAUUUUCCUUCAGAGGAGUCGCUGUUCAGUCAGCAGCAGCAGCAGCAGCAGGCCUAAACCAUGUCAGAAACCUAAUACUACCCUACUAAAGAGUAUGGCACACUAACGGUGGCGUACUAUUUCUGCCAUACUACUGAGUGCGCUAGUGUGCGGGUUCAGACGCAGUCGUCGAGUUUUAGCACAGGAAAAAAAUGCGUGGUGUCAGCUUUCUCUCACCAAACAAAGCGAAAGCAGUCAUAAAAAAGCAAGGGGAGGAAUAUUUCAAACUGAGCCCGCUGUGCAGCCAGGAGGCUCAAAUGAGUCUCAACCCUUCCUGUAGUAGAGCUCUGUAUCAGGACAAACACAAGCUCGUUUUAAUCAUCCGCGCUCUUCUUGCUCUCUUUCUUUCUUUCCUUCUUUCCUUCUUUCUUUCUGCUUGUUUUUCACUGUGGCUGGAGGCAACAUGGUGGACUGGUAGAAGAUGGUGUCGGCUCCUCCAUUUCCCCACCUCCUUAAAGAAAAAUGGCAGGGUGUUAAACAGAUUGUGUGUGAAAUGUAGUGACUGGAAGCGUAAAUGGGAAUUCCACACACACAUGCACACACACACACACAUGCACACGACUCUAUUUAAUUCCACUCGGAGCAUGGUUUAUUAUGAGGUGCGCCCUGGUUUUACGCACACACACACACACGCACACACACACACACAGCUUUAUGUGUGUGGAUUAAACAGCUUUACAGCUGAUAUCAGUCUGGAACACUGUAAACACUGGCAUUGAUUGCCAAAAUGGCCUCCUUCGCCCUCUGAUGGAGCUGCAUGGAGCUCGCGCUUGACGUUCAAACGUCGCGUCUUUGCACGGCAGCUUCAUGAACUUCUCGAGUGUGUCGGCUUUAUCGCACUGCCAUCAGAGAUGUUAACACUUUGUGGCCUGUUUUGGGAGCAGACUCCAUUUUGAAGCGCCUGCCCAGGACUCGGUCCCGAGUAAGCACCGAACGAGUGAGCAGCUCGUGCCACACCGGUACCUCCUAAACACGACACACUGCUUUUUUUUUUUUUUUUUUUUUUUUUUUUUUUAUAGCAUUAUUAUAACCUGAGCCAUGUUUCCAUCCCGAAAGCCCGCGUGCACAGCAGCUGCCUAAGCCCACAUGUGUCUAAUUGAUGACGUGACUUCAAAGCACUUUUAAAGGUGAAUGACUUUGAAGAAGAAGAAGAAGAAGAAUAUUCAUAAUCAUAAUAAGAAUAGUAGCAGGUGUGUUUUUAGGAAGUGUUAAAGUAACAAAUGUAGCGCAGGACAGCGAGCCUGGAGAGCUGCGAAGGAACUGACUGUUCACACACACACACACACACACACACACACACACAAGCAGGGGCUCGAGACACAACCGGGGGCAGGUCGGCACGCAGAGGAAACCAUCACCGUUUCAAUGGAGAGAAAAAAGGGGCCGCUAGCUUCACUGUCAAGAAUAUGUGCUCAGGUUUCUCGGCCUAGUGCUGCUGCUGCUGCUGCUGCUGGUGCUGCUGGGAUUUGCUGAGGCUCUCACACGUUUGGGAAAAAGGCCAUUUCGACUGCAAAAGCGCAGGAUUUUCGGUGUCCACGAGCGCGAGCGAAAUGUGAAUGUUGUCUCUGAGGCAAGAGGCCAAUAUAGAUGCUCGGAUCAUCAGCAGUCCUCCAGAAGAGUUGAAAAUCCUCAUCACAUGGAAAACGUCACCCAUCUUAGACAAGGCGACUGGCCUCAAGCCCAGCCUUCAAGUCUCACUUCCACUUAGCGGGUGCAGAACUAAGGACUACUGACUACCUUACAGUUCCUUGAAAAGCCUCCAGACCUUCGGGGAGAACUUUCUGGAUCUGUUUUUCACAUACAGGGAUCCACAACGGCCACAGGAAUGAGUUGACUCCAUGGCGCUUUAAGCUUGCUAACCCAUCUCUGUUACAAAACAUGGACACAGCUUUGCCUGACACUAGAACUGACAAUAACACUUGCAUGUCUCCUCCCAGUCCAGCGUUCAGUCUUGAUUCAUCCAGUCCAUUUGCAAAUGGCUUACACUUUGAGUCAAUUUUGUUUGAGGAUGAGGAGGAAGAUGAGGACACGGGCCCAAGGUCUUCACUUGAAAAGCGAUGUAGCAGCCCUAUAAAUGAUAUCGCUACAUCUACAAAUCUAAAGCAAAAAUUCACCAUUUUGGAUAGACACCAUAGUCUAUCUAAAGGCAAAAGAAGAGCAAAGGCCUGUAUGUCAGUGAAACACGAUGAAAACCAUGAGGAAGAGUCAGGUGGCGACUGCGAUCCAGCCUCUCAGGAGUGCAUCCGUGAUGACGUUACCACGAUAAACAACUCAAAGUUAAAGGCUCUUCCACCAUUAAAGUACCUAGAAGGUGAAGUUAUAUGGGCCAAGUUCAACCGUAGACCAUGGUGGCCAUGUCGCGUGACCAUCAAUCCUGCACUGGAAACGUAUCACAGAAUAAAAGAGCCGAGUGAUACGCCCUGUCGUCAGUAUUACAUCAAGACAUUUGGGGAACCUGAAGAACUGGCCUGGGUCUCUGAGAAAGCCAUGCAUAUAUUUGUUGGUGAAUAUCAGUUUCACAAUCUCCCUGGUCCAAAGAGAGGGGUACCCAAGCGGUUUCUAAGCUCUUGGAGUUGUAGUGUGGCUGAGGCUGAGGCACAUUUCCUGGAUAAGCCCAGGAUACCUCUUAUAACUUCUGAAUUCACAGAAAAGAGCUCAGUUGAUGAAAACACGAAAGGUCAGGACAAGGUAUCUAAAUCUCGGUUGCUCCUGGGAAUUCCUGGAAACAGCUGCCAAGCCAAUGGGAAGAUUUCACAUAAAGACCAAAACUUUCUGAUUAAAUCUAAAUGCAAAAAGAAGCAAAGAAAGUCCUCAGCAGUGUUUUUUACAAAGUAUGACAAGUUUGUCUGUGAAAAGACUGAGAUAGAAGAAGUGGUGGAUAGUCCCUAUUCCGACAUUGACUCUGUGCCGCAAAUCCGCCGAUGUCCCAAAGGCAGUGGCCGACUCUCACUGAACUCCAGGACUGAUCAGCCUGUAAGACAAAUCACAAGCCAAAAUGAUAAAGAAGCAAAGAAAAAUAUCGAAGUCCAGGGCGGUCUGUGGUUCAGCAAAGCUGGAAAAGGACAAACCAGUGGGGUAUUUAGUCGUGCGGGGAUUAAAUCUGUUAAUUGCUCCUUUGGUAAAGUAUCAUGUAAGAUCAAGAUACCCGAGUCGGCAAGUAUGAAGUCCAGAGACAACCAAGUCACAGGAUCUGAACACCAAUCUGUAGAAGCCAAGAAAACUCUUGACAAGAGAGUUGCAUGUCUUCCAGCUAGCAGUCGAUUAAUGACUAGAGCACUCAAAGCAAUGGAAGACGCUCAGCUCCAGCAGCUGUCUAGCCAAGAUCUUAAACAAACUCAGCCAAGCGAAACGGAGAACGAUGUAUUUGUAACAAGAUGUGUGUCUUCCGAAAAGACAAAAGUAAAAUCGACCCGCCAGAAAAUUUCAGCAGGGUCUGAUUUAAAAGCAGAUGUAAAAUCUAACGCCAAAUCCAAGGCGUCUCUAACUCCAUCUGACUCGGAAGACCACAAAGUUGCUGUCAAAUCAGAGGACGAAUCUUGUUUGAUAUCUUCUGAACCAGUUGAUAUUAAUGCAUCAGAACUGAAACAAGAGAAUCAAGGGUCUGAGCUGUCAAUGUUUUCUACGGCAUCUCCAUUUCAUGUAAAUAUACAAGACGGUGAAGACAUGAAAGAAAUAACCUUCAAGUCGCUGGAAAAUGAAAGAAAUGGAAAGUCCACAACAUUUCGUCCAGAUGCAAACUAUAAAUAUAGCACAUUCCUGAUGUUGUUAAAGGAUAUACAUGAUAGUCGAGAAAAAGAUGGCCGACCCUUGGUCAUGGAGCCUGUACCUACAAAAAAGCUCAUUAAAGAGGAACCGUCCAUGAUUUCAGAAGCAGAUCUAAAAAGUUGUCAUGUUAAAGAAGAUAAUAACCACUGCAAAUUGCCAGGUCUUAAGAAGGAUGGACAGAGCAAAACUUCGAGUUUUAAGUCCAAACAAAACAAAACAAAUGCAAAGUUUGGUCCUGAUAUGAGAGAGGUCAAUGGUUGUGUUGUUCAGCAAUGCCAGAGCAUUUCUGCUGUACCAAAAUCUGCUAAAAAACCUAGCAAAAAGAGUCAACCAGUUGUGAGGAAGAGCCUUAAUAACGUUUAUGUGCCGUCCGAGUUGUCUACACAUGCGUGUAGCAGGAAGUCGGAUAACACACAGACCCUGGGGUGCAAACACCUCGCCGAGGACCCUGAGAAUAGUUUUUUUGGCAGCGUACCUAAAAAACGCUGGCAGAAGUUUGAACAGGAUAAUGAAAAGGUGUUGCAAGCAGAGAUCAGAAGUGACCAAGGACCAAGACAACCACAAAUGUUGGCUUCAGAGCAGAAAAGGGUUGUGGAGCCUGGUGCUGAAAAGACAAAUUCACCAUCUUCUGUAUCAGCAGCAGAGAUUUCCAUAAACCCAGCGAACAUAACUCCAAAUACCUGUGAGGUUUCUAGUUUCCCCACAGAGAGCAAACGUAUCAGAAAACCUAGCAAAAGACUCAUAGAGUGGACAGAGGAAUACGAUCACAUAUUUGCCACUAAGAAGAAAGCGAAAAAGCAACCAGAAUCCUUGCAGAAGGUUAUUAAAAACAGUUCUGUUAAUAUCACUGAGAAAUCUUCAGGCAUACAGCGACAUCAAGCAGCAAUGCAACGUGCGCCGAACCCCUUACCAGAAAUUCAGACUCCUCCCCCUGAAGAGAGGUCUAAGACUCCUCCCAUGAUAGAAAAUACUCCAUGUCAAGACAGUCAGGUUAUGUCUGUAGACACACUAACUCCGCCUCCAGAAACAGAAACCUCCCCAUAUGGAGAAAAUUGUUUUAAGGAACAGCUUCUGGUUCAGAAUUGUUCCACCACUGGUGAUGGCAUCUGUUUAAGCACAAAGAGGCAAAGGAAACCCACCAAGAAAAUUCUCGAGAGUUCAAUCGAAGCUGAACCAAUUCUGACACCAAAAAAGAAGGUGAAAUCCCAGAGGAACAGUUCUUCAGGACAUGCUGCUCAUUCAGUAGGCUUUGGACAGUCAAAAAGUAAGAGCAAGCAGUCCGCUGUAUUCACUGCGGAAGAGAACGUCCCAAUUUCAGAAAGUACGGAAAGGGAGGCAGAUAUCAUUCCUACGAACCCUGACACACUUAACCCUGAGACAGCCAAGGAUGGCAAAUACACUCUGGAAUCUGAGAUAUUUGACCCCAGUGAUGACUGCUCUGAGAUGAAAAAUGAACCUGCUGAUAACAGACUUUCAGUGGAGAAAGGGAGUGGCGUAAUACUGAAAGACAUUGUUUGUCAGGUUUGUGAGAAACAAGGAGAGCUGCUUCUGUGUGAAGGCCAGUGCUGCAGCACGUUCCACCCACAAUGUGUCGGUCUGACUGAGCCUCCUUCCGGGAAGUUUCUGUGUCAGCAGUGCACUUCUGGCAUCCACGAAUGUUUCAUGUGUAAGAAGCUGGGACACGAUGUGAGGCGCUGCAUGGUUCCUGCCUGCGGGAAGUUCUACCAUGGAGAGUGCAUUGCCAGCCACGCCCUCACAGUGCCUUUAAACCGAGGCUUCCGCUGCUCCCUCCAUGCAUGUCUCGCCUGCUUCAUCACCAACCCCAACAACCCCUCCGUUUAUAAAGGUCGACUGAUCCACUGCGCAAGAUGCCCCGUUGCAUACCACGCUAGUGAUUACUGCAUCCCUGCUGGCAGCGUCGUCUUGUCUUCUAACAGCAUCCUCUGUCCCAGCCACUUCAUGCCACGAAAAGGCUGCCGCAAUCAUGAACAUGUCAACGUCAGUUGGUGCUUUGUUUGCUCGGAAGGAGGUAGCCUGCUCUGCUGCGAGUCCUGUCCCGCAGCUUUUCACCGUGAGUGUCUGAACAUCGACAUGCCUGAGGGGAGCUGGUUCUGCAACGACUGUCGAGCCGGGAAGAAACCACACUACAAAGAGGUGGUGUGGGUAAAAGUGGGUCGCUAUAGAUGGUGGCCUGCAGAAGUUAGCAACCCUAAGGACAUUCCAGAAAACAUCCUGCGAAUGAGGCACGACGUCGGCGAGUUUCCAGUCCAUUUCUUUGGUUCCAACGACUACUUGUGGACCUACCAAGCUCGGGUCUUUCCGUACAUGGAAGGAGACGCCACCAGUAAAGAAAAAAUGGGAAAGGGGGUUGACUCCAUUUAUAGGAAAGCUUUGGACGAGGCUGCUGAAAGAUUCCGAGAACUGCAGGCAGAGAAGGAACUCCGGCAGCUCCAGGAGGACAGGAGAAAUGACAAGAAGCCUCCUCCUUACAAGCACAUUAAGGUAAACCGACCGAUUGGCAAAGUGCAGAUCAUUACGGCUGACUUAUCCGAGAUCCCACGCUGCAACUGCAAAGCGACAGAUGAGAACCCCUGCGGCAUGGACUCGGAGUGCAUCAACCGCAUGCUGCUCUACGAGUGCCACCCUCAGGUCUGCCCGGCGGGGGAGAGAUGCCAGAACCAGUGCUUCACCAAGCGCCAGUACUCGCAGGUGGAAAUCUUCAGGACGCUGUCCCGAGGCUGGGGCCUGCGCUGCUGUCACGACAUCAAGAAGGGCGCAUUUGUAAGCGAGUAUGUCGGCGAGGUGAUCGACGAGGAGGAAUGCCGAGCUCGGAUCAAGCAGGCGCAGGAGAAUGACAUUGGGAAUUUCUACCUGCUGACACUAGACAAGGACCGUAUAAUUGACGCCGGACCCAAAGGAAACCAGGCCAGAUUCAUGAACCAUAGCUGCCAGCCAAACUGCGAGACCCAGAAAUGGACAGUAAAUGGAGACACCCGGGUUGGACUUUUUGCACUGGUGGACGUUCCUGCUGGCACUGAGCUGACGUUCAACUAUAACCUUGAAUGUCUGGGCAACGGGAAGACUGUGUGUAAAUGUGGUGCACCAAACUGCAGUGGCUUUCUUGGUGUAAGACCAAAGAAUAACCCUCCUGCAGAUGACAAGGGCCGUAAGAUGAAGAGAAAAGCUCAUGUAAAGCGCAAGUCACAGCAAGAGCUGACCAAGGAGCGAGAAGAUGAGUGCUUCAGCUGUGGAGAUGGUGGGCAGAUGGUUUCAUGUAAGAGACCUGGGUGUCCAAAGGUUUAUCACGCAGACUGUCUCAACCUGACCAAGAGACCUGCAGGGCGUUGGGAGUGUCCGUGGCACCAGUGUGACCUGUGUGGUCAGGAGGCCGCCUCAUUCUGCGAGAUGUGCCCCAGUUCCUACUGUGUGGAGCACCGCGACGGCAUGCUCUUCAUCUCCAAGCUGGACGGCCGUCUGUCCUGCAGCGAACACGACCCGUGUGGACCCGAGCCUCUAGAACCGGGCGAGAUCCGCGAAUACACCCCAGAACACGUUAAUGCCUACCCAGUGAAGGCUUUACCGCUUUAUCAAAACCCAGCGUGUCAACCCGGGCUGCUUCCACAAUCCUCCAGUGCUUUGCUGAUGUCCUCUAGCCCUCCUUCCAGUCCUUCACUUGCAAUCGCUUUUAACAGUGUGUACUCGCCCAUAUCCUCCUGCGGGGAAGAAGAAAACUCGCUGGACCAGGAGGAGGAUGUGGAAGAGGACGGUGGGAGAAUUAUAGAAGAAGCUGAAGAACGCACUCAGUCAGAAACACGGUAUAAAAGGGGUCUGAAAGUGACCCUGACUGUAUGAAUUUCUACAGUCCUAAAAACAACUAAUAUAGAACAGGAUACGUGAUUUCUUCUUCACUACAGAAACAUAGGAAACAGUUGCAGUGGGAAAGAGAGCUUGGAAUUCCACGCUGCUUACUGGGAAUAGGAUAAUCAACCCUGGUGGAUUUAGUAAAUUCUUUUUUAUUCUGAGGUUCUUAGAUUUCAACCUUUGCACAAUUUUCGCAAUUUACAGUUAGACGUGCAAAGCAUGAAAACAUGACACUUCGAAGAGCUAGUUACUCUGAAACAUGCAUUGUUUGGAAGGAAUAAGAGUUAUGAAAUAACUGAUGUUUGGGACAAAGGCCAUGUCUGAAACUCCACUUCAGUCCUAGGAACUGAAUAACAAAUUCCCUUUUGUUCCUCGUGACAA